AUGGCUAACAACUGGGCCGAGAAUCGGCCAAAGGUAUCGAAAGGUACCUCAUUGCUGGACUCCUUUCAUGCUGGGGGGAUACAAGGGGCUCUGUUAAUUGUUGGGAUGAUGUUGACUUUGUUUCUUCUUGGGGUUGCUUAGGUCAGAGAAGGAGCCCUGAGCUCCUCUCCGAAGAUCAAUUGAUCCACCUGAAGUCGUACCGUUACCAGAGUGUCGACAAGUCCCUGAUCUCACGGUACAUUCUAAAACACUACGUAUGUUUUCUAUGCCGACCAUGAACGACCGGCGGGCUCUGCUGAUGGUGCGAAGUGGAAUUUUAUGGUUGAGCUUCUGCCUCGGUGGCUGGCGCCUAAUGCUGUUACACUCGUUGGGUUUGGAUUUAUCUUGACAAAUGUGAUAUGCCUAGAAAUUUGGCUGCCAGAUCUUGUGGGGCCCGGACCUAGCUGGCUAUAUUAUUCAUUCGCUUUCGGUCUCUGGGCGUACGUUGGAAAAAAAAAAAACUUUUAGGAGAUGCAGCAGGGUUCAGCGGGCUAAUUAUUGGGAUGCAGAUACUCAACCAUGGACAAUAUCGAUGGGAAGCAAGCUAGAAGGACCGGCUCCAGUUCGCCUUUAGGGGAACUUUUCGAGUAUGGAGCUUGUCGACCUUUGUGUCCUUGCAAUUGCCAUUGCUAACCCUCAAAUGUAGCCAUGGAAUUGACUCCCUCAAUUGCACACUAGGUAAGCGCAUAUUUGGCGCAUAGUUGCUGUGGUUGGGGGCUGGGCUGACGGGUUGUACAGCUAGUUUGUGCGAAACAGCCUGUAUGGGGCUCGGUCCUACCAAGGCCGGUGUCUUCACCGCCUUGAUUCCCACUUUGCCAAUGUUCUUUUCCACCUGGGAGACAUAUCAUUCUCAUGUUCUCUAUCUUGGGUACUUUAACGGCCCUACUGGUGAGAUAUAUGGCUCCGCUGCAUACACAAGACCCGAGCUGAUGGUAAUGCUAAGAGGGCUUGAUCAUUGCAUGUAGUUUGAUGGUCAUGUCUGGGUACUAUGGCCCUGAGAUAUGGACUUACAGAAUUAGCGACGUUUUCGGUCAUGUUUGGCUUUUUGAGGAUUACUCUAUUAGAGACAUUUGGAUCCCUGUUAUUCUUGGAUCAUUUCUACUGGCACAUCUUCCAUUCUGGUAUGCUUAAAAACCCUAGCCAUUGCGCGCAAUUCAGACAGGGUCUAAUGUCCAUCAGCAUCUAUAAUGUUGUUGCUGCCCGCCGUCGUCAGAAGCUCCCAGUUCUCCCAGUUUUCUUGGAAUGGACGCCAAUGGUAAUUUUUACGCUCUCCUGUGGAUUCUGGUUGUACUCUCCUCAUACCACUUUGUUGGAAGAGAACAGACUUGUCCUCUUUUGCCUGACCAUGAGUUUUGUUUUUGGCCGAAUGACUACAAAGAUUAUUUUGGCGCAUUUGACCCAUCAGCCCUUCCCCUACUGGACUGUACUUCUUGCGCCACUCAUUGGCGGUGCCGUGUUGGCUAAUUUGCCAUCGUUUGGACUGUACGUUCGUCCCUUUCACAUGAUUUGGCCAUAUACAAAUAUUAAUUCACCCCAUAGUGCCCCGGUUUCUUCGUUCGUCGAGCUUUGGUACUUACGUGGGUACUUUGCCUUUGCGGCAAUCGUAUACUUCCGCUGGGCAAUGUUGGUCAUCAAUGCCAUCUGCAGCUACCUCGGUAUCCAAUGCCUUAGCAUCCCACACACUCCGGCCACUCGUCCGGGAGCCCCCAACGGAGCAGCGCACCCCCUAAGCCCACGGAAGGAGAGGGCAGCGUAAUAAUCCAAACCCCCGGAUUAAUAGAUCACUCUUGCAUGAUUUAGUGCCCUUUUCCUAGAUUUCUUUAAGCCUUAUGUAUUUUUUUGGGUGAGGAUGGAGGAUAAUCAUGAUGAGGUAACUAAGUUACAUUGGGCUAGGGUUUUAUAGACGGGACAAAAAGGGGUGAUAAGGAGGAGUGAGAAAGAGACGAGUAUCAUAUGUCUUGUAAUGUUCUUGUCUUUAUUCUAACAAGGGACGGAGGACAAUGGAAUCGUGGAGGCGGAGAAAGUCGGAGGAAAUCAAGAGCUACACAACUAGCGUUAAAAGAGGUAGAAACUGAUAGUAAUGAAGUCACGGUGCACGGGGUAGGUAUACAUAUAUAAAUAAAAUCGGCGCUGAUGUUUGCCCAACCU